AUGAUUACCAUUUCCAAUGAAGAGAUGAUUCCCUGUAGGUUAUAUCUCUUAAAAACGGAUAAACUGAUUAUUAAAAAUAAGCAAGAAGAGGGAUUGACGUUUACAUUCAUCCAAUAGAAGAGUAAGCCAUUAAAAAUAGAUGAAUAAUGUAAGUUUGAUUGUAAGGUUGGAAAUCACUAUUUGAUUUGUGAGAAACUCAAUCUAAAGGCUGAAGUUUAUGUUUUUAAAAAUUAAUAUGAUAGAGAAAAAUAUUAGACCGAGGAAGAAGAAUUUAAAGCUACAAAAUCAGAACAACAAUAUGAUAGUGAUGAUAUUUCAAAUGAAAAUGAUGAAAUUAUGAGUGAAGAAAUAGGGAUCUUGCCUUAAAGAAAGAAGAAAUCAUUAAAAUGGUCUACAGCUGAGACCUCGUCCACAUAUUAUUCUAAAAAAGAAAAUUAAUCAACCACUUCAGAUAUGAGUGAGCAGUUAUUACCUGAGAAAAGAGGAAAACGUAAGGGCUCUGAUCCUGUGAUUUAGAAAACAGAACUAAUUGUAAAACCUAAAAUCUAUAGAGGAACUAAUUAAAUUAAUAAUUUAUUAUAAAUUCAAUAAAAUGCAAAAAUUACAUAAACAAAAUAAAUAACAAUCUCAGAAGAAUAAUUGUUGUCACUAAAACUUAAUUGGAAUGCUUAAAGGAUGAUAAAUGAAUAUCUUAUAAAUUAAUAUUCUUAUUAAUGA